ACCACUUUUCUACUACUUCGCAAGUCAUUUCAUCGUUGGUGACUUCGUUCCACCGCUUCACAACGCGUCGCACAAGGAUUCAAACAAUGAAAUUUCGCAUUAGAUUAAGAUUGAUACAGAUUUUGCAAAGUCCUUGUGGGUAGCGGUGUGCGCCCCCCCGCCCCCUCCAAAUAUCAAAUAAGAAUUCUUCAACCAAAAAACCUCGACUGGUUUCAAUCGCCUUAAACGAAGCCGACAGCUCUAGGCCGCGAGCUCUCCGCUUCGUCACCUAGGAGGCCUACAUCAUCCCUUCACUAUAAAUUGCAAUACUUGGUGAACUUAUCCAUCAAGAUGACAAACUGGCAUUCGCGACGGUUCCUAGGACGAAGCAUCAUGGCGGUCCUACCGCCGUUCAACUUCCUCACGCUUCAUUAUGCCUACUUUAUCGCGGUGCCCUUGAUCUGCAGUGCCAUUCUCUGGGGCUCUGCCACUCCGGCGCACAGUGUUGCCUAUGUCGACGCUUUGUUUUUGUGCGUCAGUGCUAUGACUGGCGCCGGUCUGAACACUGUGGAUUUGUCGAAGUUGAACUCAUUCCAGCAGUCCAUUCUCUUUGUGCUGCUGCUCCUGGGACAUGCAAUCAUGAUCUCCAUCACGGUGCUCUUUGUUCGGAGGAAUGCGUUCCAGUCCAAGUUCCAACAUAUCGUGAACGAGCGCAAAAGGAAAAGCGCUUACUCAAUUGAUAAGGCGAGCCAGAGAGCUCGUCUGGAUCCCAUAAACGAGAACGGCGCCGAGAAGCAUGAGCUGUCGCCUACAUCAGGCGAUUUGGUUUCUGCAGAUGCCAGGAAGACAGUCGCGGCUCGUGCCGUCCCGACAGACACGAACGCUUCGUCGUCAGAGGAGGAUCAAAUACAAUGGGUUGACGAUGACCAGGUCACUCUCGGCCAUAUGAAGCAUCACCAGCAACACCAUCAUCAUCGCGUUUUCCCUAUGGUAGGGGUUGGAGCUCGGUUUGAUCUUAACAACCACCCGCGUGAUGCCGUCCCACGCUUGCCCCAGAGACAAGAAGAAGAAGAAGAAGAUUUGCCGGCGCUCAAAGGCAUUUUGAAAGGAACCCAGAAAUAUUUCGCGUCCAAGGGUCUCAUUUCGCGCAAUUCGCAGUUUCAUGGGCUGACGCCUGAAGAGCGGGAGAGGCUUGGAGGUGUCGAGUAUCGAGCGGUGUCCUUCUUACUAGUCAUCGUGACUUUGUACUGGGUGGUGUUUAUCAUCUGUGGUAUAGUCGGCAUGGGCACCUGGGUCGCGGUCAAUCACCCAGAAAAAGCCCGAGAGAACGGACUGUCGCCUUUCUGGACCGGCGCGUUCUUCGCAGUUUCUGCCUUUGUCAACAGUGGCAUGUCGCUGUUGGAUGCCAACAUGGUGGCAUUUCAGAGAAGUGCGUAUCCAUUGCUUACUAUGAGCUUCCUCAUUUUGGCUGGAAACACUCUUUAUCCGUGUUUCUUGCGUUUCAUCAUAUGGAGCAUGAAAUGCUUGCUGCCAAAGUCGCCCUCAUGGGCGCCAUGGAGAGUUACUCUCGAAUUCAUUCUAGACCAUCCUCGAAGAGUCUAUACCAAUCUCUUUCCCAGGCGCCAUACCUGGUUCUUGAUGGCCACUAUCAUCAUCUUGAACGCAAUAGACUGGGCUGGUUUUGAGGUUCUGUCCAUUGGUAACAAGGAUAUUGAAAGUCUACCUACAGAGUACAGGGUUCUCGAUGGUCUAUUCCAGGCUUCUGCUGUGCGUGCCGGAGGAUUCUAUGUUGUGACUAUAGCCGACCUUCGCCAAGGAUUACUCGUACUAUAUGUUCUUAUGAUGUAUGUAUCAGCAUACCCCGUGCUGCUCACUAUGAGGACCACAAAUGUCUACGAAGAACGGUCCCUGGGCAUCUACGCCCACGACCCCACAGACGGCGAACAAGAAUCCCGGGCGUCAUCCAACCUGCUCAUCCAACUCGUCCGUCACCGCUUACUCGGCCGACGGGACGGGUCCAGCCCCGAAGCUUCGCGGAGCUAUUUUGUGCACCAGCAGCUGCGCUCCCAGUUGAGCCACGAUCUGUGGUGGAUCGCGCUCGCUGUGUUUCUGAUCAGUGUCGCGGAGUCCGACCACUUCUCGGAGCAACCCGUCGCGUUCUCGACCUUUAACAUUAUCUUCGAGAUCGUCUCCGCCUACGGCUGCGUCGGCGUCAGUGUCGGCUACCCGGGCUCGAAUGCUUCGUUUUGCGGCGCCUGGCACCCCAUCAGCAAGCUGAUCCUUGCGGCGGUGACCCUGCGCGGCCGGCACCGGGGUCUUCCUGUUGCCAUUGAUCGGGCGGUCAUGCUGCCGACUGAGUCACUGGAGUGGGCGGAAGAAGAGGAUGCUGCGCUGCGGAGGGAGCAGUCCCGUGCCUGGGGGGCGGAGAAGAUGCCUGUUGGGUCGGUGUAGAUGUGUGUCGCAGUCUGUGAGUGUGACUGUGUGAGUAUGUGAGUUGGGAGGUGGUUAGAGGAAAGUCGUCUUGUGUGGCGGCUCCGUUCGCUAAACAAUGGUUGUGGUGAGUUUCCUUGAUAUUUUUGGCUGCGUUCUGCUUACUCUGAUAUUCUGCAUUGGCUUCAUGGGUUCUUGUUGUUACCGACUAGUAGAGAGUCUUAAAAGUAGAUUUAUAUAAAAGAGAGUCAAAC